GCCCUCCGGAGCAGAGCAGGCUGCUGGAUGAACCGCUCAGCUUUCAGCGACUUCACCAAACUGUUUGCAUACCAAUCUCCCCUCAACACUGCAUGCUUGUCCAAACUGGGAUCGCAGAUCUCAGAGCGGUUGGAUUUUAAAUAGUUGGACGGCGUGGGACACCUUCCGUGGACAUCCCAACUAAUCAGCUGUUUUUUUUAUUUUCUAUUUUUUAUUAAUAUUUAUUCUCAAAUCGGCUCUUUGGUGACAUUUUUCGCAGGGAAACAUCUUGUCACAGCCAGAGGUUUCGGCACUGAGCUGCGCUUUGAGCCCAUGAAAACAGGAGAGGAGAGAAGACCGAGAGAAGUCAUCAGAUUCAUCUGAACAAAGGAGAGACAAACGCAGUUACACAUGGGGCAGGGAGAGGCUUCAGCACGGGGGACGACCAUGGAGGGGGACUGUCUCAGCUGCAUCAAGUACCUCAUGUUUGUCUUCAACUUCUUCAUCUUUCUUGGGGGCUCUUUCCUCCUAGGAGUGGGAGUAUGGGUGCUGGUGGACCCCACAGGGUUCAGGGAAAUUGUAGCGGCCAACCCAUGGCUAUUCACUGGUGUCUACAUCAUCCUGGGCAUGGGAGGCAUGCUCUUCCUUCUGGGCUUCUUGGGCUGCUGUGGAGCCAUCCGUGAAAACAAGUGUCUGCUCCUCUUUUUCUUCAUGCUCAUCCUCCUCAUCUUCUUAGCAGAGCUGGCUGCCGCCAUCCUGGCCUUUAUAUUCCGGGAGCAUCUGACCAGAGAGUACUUCACCAAGGAGCUGAAGAGACAUUAUCAGGGCUACAACAACACUGACGUCUUCACCUCCACAUGGAAUGCCAUCAUGACUACAUUUGACUGCUGUGGGGUGAACAGCCCAGAGGAUUUUAAGGACAGCCUGUUCAGGGAGAUCAACCAAAAUCAUAUGGUGCCAGAAGCCUGCUGCCAGCGUGCCAGUCAGACCGGGGAGUUGGCCUAUAUCACCCAGGAGCAGUGCUUAUCAGGCAAUAUGAUGUUCCGCAAUAACAAGGGCUGUUACUCUGCGGUAGUUGACUACUUUGAACUGUACAUCUAUGUGGCUGGAGCACUGGCCAUUGUGGUGCUGACCAUUGAGCUCUUUGCCAUGGUCUUUGCAAUGUGUCUCUUCAGGGGAAUCCAGUAGAGCUGCUCCAUCUGUGAACUUCUUCUUUUUUUUUUCUUUUUUUCUUUUUUCUUUUUAGAAAAAAAAAGGGAAUUCAGGAGAAAAGAACAAAAUGGACACUUGUAAAUUUGUUGAUCUCUUUUUCUAUUGGCUAAUUGGUAGAAAAACAAACUCUCUCAAACUCGUGUACUUCACAGCUGGACCUUUGAGGUACUGGGUAGCAAAAAAAAAACAAAAAAACAACAACAACAUAUACAUACAAACACAUAAACCAUACAGAACGUGGGAGAUCAGAGACAAAACUGAUGUAAAAAAGAUUUGUGUGUAAAGUGGAAACAGUAAUUUUUGGACCAGGUCUAUAACACAGACUGGGUGUAAAAGUGGACCAGGCAUGUGGACCAGGGGAAGCCUGAGCAGAAGGCACUGCACUGACUUUUGGAUGAAGAAUAUUUAUAUUAAGUAAAGUUGGCUUAACUGUAAAAAAAAAAGAGAAAACAAACAAAAAAAAAACCCCAAUGUGUUUCAUGUACACUUUGGCUGUUACCUUUUUUCCUUUCAUACUGUAUACUGUAACACGCUCCCUCCCUCCAUAUGCCUUUUUUUACAGCCACUCUUCUUUAAUGCUGUAUUAUAUAAGCUCUGCGUGUGUGUGCAUGUGUGUGUGUGUGCGUGUGUGUGUGUGUAUAUACUUGAUGCUCUUUUUGAAUGUGUAUGAACUAGUUUGUGAGCACAUGAGCUCUCAGCUCUUCAUGACCCCUCCCAAGCUUGAAAGCCAACCCCUUUUUUUCUAUUUGUAUGGUGACGUUUAUUGCAGUAGUGGUUAUAUGUGGUUUUAGGUGGUGAAAUGUAUGUGUAUGCAUUUGUAUUAGAUUCUUGAAAAGUCAAUGACAUAAAUGGCAUUCGAAAUGAC